UAUUGGGGCCGGCUUGCCCUAUUCAGCCUACAGAUCGGCUUCCCAGUCAACAUGAAGACUCUCCUUGUUCUGGGGCUUCUCCUCCUUUCUGCCACUGUCCAGGGAAAGGUGUAUGAAAGGUGUGAAUUCGCCAGAACUGCAAAAAGACUUGGAUUGGAUGGCUUCAGGGGAAUCAGCCUGGCAAACUGGGUGUGUUUGGUCCAAUGGGAGAGCAGUUAUAACACAAGAGCUACAAACUACAAUCCUGGAGACCGAAGCACCGAUUACGGGAUUUUUCAGAUCAAUAGCCACUACUGGUGUAAUGAUGGCAAAACCCCAGGAGCAGUUAACACCUGUGGUAUACCCUGCAGUGUUUUGCUGCAAGAUGACAUCACACAAGCUGUGAAUUGUGCAAAGAGGAUUGUCAGUUCGCAAGGCAUUGGAGCAUGGGUGGCAUGGAGAAACCGUUGUCGGAACCAAGAUGUCUCUCAGUAUGUUCGAGGUUGUGGAGUUUAACUGCAGAGUUUUCCUUCUGCAUCUCAUUUUUGCCUCUUUUUCACAUACGGGAGUAGUAGUUAAAUGACACAUCACAUACCCAUUUUUUUCUGCCUUGAAACAAAAACAGUGUUACAGAGGGAGGGGCAAAAUAUGAUGGGUCUUCUCCGAGGCUUAUGUUUGCUAAUGCCUUCACUGUUGGAUAUUAAGCCUGCAACAUUUUCCACUAAUGCUGUUGAAAAUUUAUCUAAAAUCUUGGUUAAAAUACAUCUCCAAUAUGUCUUGUUCUUAAUCAAAGAAAUAACCUAAAGUUAAUCUUGAAUCUUGGUAUUCCCCAAUAUUAGGUAAAAAUUAGCAAAAGACUAUCAUAAAAGAAAUUGCUCUUAGGCAAAAUCCCCCCGAUCCCUUUAUCUGUUCAUUCAUCUCCAAAGCAGCAAUGAUGAGAAGAACUCUUUGUUGGGCAACAUAAAACUUUAAAAAGAACAGGAUACUAAAUGGCAAAAGUAGAGAUGGCCUGAAUUAAUCAUUUGAUUUUCAUAAGGUUUGUGAACAUUGGUUUAAAUAUAUUCUUUAUCUUAAUUUUACACAGCUGUAAAAACAGACUCACAAUUUAUAUAUCAAUCUAUAAUAGCCUUUUAAAGAACUCUCAUAUACAUCUAGAUGAUCAUGAAGGAAUAUAAAGAUGAUUAGAUAAGAUGUUGCUAUUCCUUAAUUUUAUUAAUUUAGAUUCAGGCAUCAUGACUAACCCUGAAGCAGAUGACUGCAAGUACUGAAACAAUUGCUAAUUAUCUCUGCUAUGAAAACACACAUGUUGUAAAAAUGCAAACAUUAUCAUUAAAGGCUUUGCAACAUA